AUGAACACCGCCGCCCACAUCCGUGCCUUGCGCGUGCGGCCCUCGAUACCACGCUGCCGCCCCUCUCACCGCGCGUUGCAGCACCCCACAAGACGUGUCACGACAGCCACCGAGGCCGCGACCAACGUUCGAUCGACGGGCACUCGCACCAAGAACCUCGUGUACGGUACCCUUCUGGCGCUCGGUGGUACGUUUGGCUACCUAUACGCCACCGACACGCGCGCAAGCAUCCACGAAUGGCUCGUUGUGCCAGCACUACGCCUGAUAUACCCAGAUGGAGAGGAGGCGCACCACGCUGGAACGCACAUGCUCAAGGUGCUGCAUAGCUUCGGCUUGAACCCCAGAGAACGUGGCGUGGCUGAUUCACGGGGCGAUCUGGCUGUCGAGGUCUUUGGACACACACUGAACAACCCGAUUGGAACAUCUGCCGGCAUCGACAAGGGCGCCGAGGUACCAACACCGCUAUUCGAACUUGGAGCGGGAGUAGUAGAGGUCGGCGCUGUUACACUACUGCCGCAAGAAGGCAACCCAAAACCACGCGUCUUCAGGAUCCCCAGCCAGAACGCGCUCAUCAACCGCUAUGGAUUCAAUUCCGAAGGCGCCGAGCUGGUUGCUUCGAGGUUACGACAACGUGUCAGGGAGUUUGCCUACCACGCCGGGCUUGGACUAGAUGACGACGCAGAGCGCCGGGUCCUCGACGGCGAAGCCGGUGUUCCACCUGGUUCGCUGCUCAAGGGACGUCUCAUGGCUGUCCAGGUUGCGAAGAACAAGACGACCUCCGAAAACGAUAUCGAUGCUGUAGUGCGCGACUACGCGACUGCCGUGGGCCAUGUCGGAAAGUACGCUGAUAUUCUCGUCGUCAAUGUCUCCUCACCUAACACGCCCGGCCUUCGCACUCUCCAGAACGUCGAGCCCUUGACACGACUACUCUCUGGAGUUGUAGGAGCAGUCAAGAAAAUCGAUCGCAAGACAAAGCCUGUUGUCAUGGUGAAAGUCAGCCCAGAUGAGGACACAGAAGAGCAGGUAUCUGGCAUCUGCGAGGCCGUCUGGGACUCGGGUGUCGACGGCGUCAUCGUUGGUAACACAACGAAGAAGCGACCAGACCCCCUGCCCAAGGGCUACUUGCUUCCUGAAUCAGAGGCAAAGCUGCUUCUCGAGCAAGGCGGAUACUCGGGACCACAAACCUUCGAGCGCACACUUGCCCUGGUCAGCAGGUACAGAAAAGCACUCGACGAAGGCCCCAAGCAUGUCGCACCGCCAUCUGACGCCUCAUCCACCUCUACCGGUUCCUCAAUGACCAAGCCAACGCUCGACCUUGACCAACCGGCCCCAACAGACCUCUCCUCCAACGUCGACGACCUUUCUGAAUCGGCACCUACCAUGACCCUCCAUUCUACACCCAAGACUGCACCUGCACCAAACGCACCACGCAAGGUCAUAUUCGCCACGGGCGGCAUCACAAACGGACGCCAAGCAAGAGAGAUUCUCGAUGCUGGAGCGAGUGUGGCACAGGUAUAUACUGCCAUGAUCUAUGGCGGUGCUGGCACAAUCAGCAGGAUCAAGCAGGAGAUGAGGGAUGACGCAAAGGAGCAAAAGACAAUAACGAAGCGGUAG